AGAUAUGCACGCACGCGUGCUGGAAGUUCUGUGACGAACAGGACCAACGCCAAUCUCCUCGCAUCUGCUAUGCGCAACUAUCGACAAUCACUAAGGUGCGCACGAACUCAGCUCGGUGAGGAGAAGGCUCUGCGCCUGCAUACCGUCUAUAAUAACAGAGACGGCAGGCGUUUCGAGGUCACCGCUCAGAAUCUCGUGUAUUCUCGUACUUUAAACACGGUUGUAAAGACUGGUUCUCGUCGGACGCCUUCCUGGACCUUUACCACUGAAGAGGUCCGCGACCUCCAGGAGAUUCGCAUGGAAACCCCUGGGUCAGAGCUAGCCAUAGAGAUUCAGUUUAACUGUCGCGUAUGGUUGAGACAGGCCAUACGCGUUCUCAUGCAGCAGCGCAUGGUCUGCUGCGAGCGCAUCAAAUAUUUAGAGGAUGAGCUCGAAAGAGUUGCGACC